CUGAAGCGGUAUCUGAGCGUUGUAUCAGUUACCUUUCACAUAACUAAUAAAGAAAAAUCCCAUGGGUACACCACCGUAUAUUCAGACAGCUCAGAGUUUAUUCUCAAUGUAAAACCGGGACCUAGGAGCUGAGGGGAACUGUAAGCAAAAUUAACAGACUGGGGCCUGGUACAAAAUAUUUGCGUAAUGUUAACUGCAGCUGUUCAUGAAAUUUUUGUUAAAGAGCACCCGUAAGGACGUCAGAAUAAGUUAUUUUCAAAAGAUUUAAAAUUGCAUUUUCUGCAAAAUCUUUCUUUUGCAAAAUGGAAGUUUCGGUUUCUUUACCUCCGGAAGAAGAAAAAUUGACACCUCACAUCCUGGAAGUUCAUUCAAAAAACUGAAAUUGGGGACUUAUUUCAAAUUUGGACAUGGCUAAUCGAGGAGCAACAAGACCCAACGGGCCAAAUACUGGAAAUAAAAUAUGCCAGUUCAAACUAGUACUUCUGGGAGAGUCUGCUGUUGGCAAAUCAAGCCUAGUGCUUCGUUUUGUGAAAGGCCAAUUUCAUGAAUUUCAAGAAAGUACCAUCGGGGCUGCUUUUCUUACCCAAACCGUGUGUCUUGAUGACACAACAGUAAAGUUUGAAAUAUGGGAUACAGCUGGUCAAGAGCGAUAUCAUAGCCUAGCACCAAUGUACUACAGAGGAGCACAAGCAGCCAUAGUUGUAUAUGAUAUCACAAAUGAGGAGUCCUUUGCCAGAGCCAAAAACUGGGUUAAAGAACUUCAGAGGCAAGCAAGUCCUAACAUUGUAAUAGCUUUAUCAGGAAACAAGGCUGACCUUGCAAAUAAAAGAGCUGUUGAUUUCCAGGAAGCACAGUCCUAUGCAGAUGACAACAGUUUAUUAUUCAUGGAGACAUCAGCUAAAACAUCAAUGAAUGUAAAUGAAAUAUUCAUGGCAAUAGCUAAAAAAUUGCCAAAGAAUGAACCACAGAAUCCAGGAGCAAAUUCUGCCAGAGGAAGGGGAGUAGACCUUACUGAACCCACGCAGCCAACCAGGAGUCAGUGUUGUAGUAACUAAACCUCCAGUUUGAACUAGCUGGAAUAGUCUUCUGCUUCCUAAAUGUUAACAGUGGAAUUGGAGCAUUUAACCAGCCCAGUAUGACUUCCAAAAAGAAGAGACUUAUGAUAGUCAUUUCUAAUACAGAAUUAUUUUAAGUGUUUUGAACUUAAUUUUUAAUAAUGUGCAUGUGACCCUCUGGCUAAUGUUUCAGCAGUAGAAAGGGAAUAUGAGAGCUUUACGUACACGUGUUUCCUUGGAAUGUUUGGGUGGAUCAUAUUCAUUUCUCAUCCCCAGGUAUAUAGGCAAAUAACUAUCUGGAACCAUAAUUAACCAGCCAGUUCUAUGCAGAAGUCUUAUCAAAAAGCUUUGGAACUUAGGAAUUUGGGCCUUCAGAUACACACUUUUUUUUUUAGAAGGCGGUUCUAAACAUACUUAUGCUUAGCUACAGUACUCAGGCAUCCAGUAAUUUCUCCUAGUAUCUAUACUUAAAGUGUACAUUCCACAUUUUAACAGAUUAGCUACAAGAAAAAAAAUAGUCCCAUAUUUUCAGGGGGAAGGGAGACGGAAUGAGCAUUAGUGGCAUCUAAAUUAUAGCCAUUCCUUUAAAAAAAAAAUAAAAACACAGGGGUAAAAAUAUCUACUGUAACCCCGUCUUGUUUUAGGGAUAUGAAAACUAAUGAAUGCAUCUUAAUGGAUAUGUUUCCCUUCAAACAUAUGAGCUCUUCAACAAGAGAAAGCAGGUGUUUAUGAUUCUGUUUAAUCACUGCUGACCAUUACAUAGGUUUUUCUGUUCGAGGGCAGGGAGAAGGGGCUUCUGUUCCCUUUGGACAUAAGAUAGUCAGUGCACUAACAAUUAUGUACAUUCAAACUUGAUUAUUUUAAAUUCAUUCUUCAGCUGUACUGUAAAUAGGGUACUGCAUUGUAGUCUUCAUAUAUGUUUAUUACUUUUCUGUAAUAUUUAAGAGUUGCUUAAAAGUAUACAAAAUGUACAGUUACUAAAACAGCUAAUUUUUUUCCUUCUCUCCCCCUUUGGAAAAAAGGGGCUUCAGUUCCUACACAGGCUAGAACCAUAAUAAACAAUGUAUGUGUAAUUUGUAACAUAAGUAUUGCGAAUUGUUAGUAACAAUCUUGCAGCCUUGUUUCCCAAAGUUCAUCUUUUUGAUCAGUUCAGUAUAUUGCACUAAUUGUUUUAGGUAUUUUCAUUAUAUGAAACCUACCAUGUGUCAGAUGAUUUAAUCUAUUUAAGUGUUGGACUGUUAGCAGAACUUGUACAUUUACAGUGAUUCAGGAUUAGUAAGGAAAACAGUUCACCAGUGUUUAGUUUUAUAUGAGGUGCUCAGGUUGGAAUAAAGUGGUAUAAAAAGCAA